AUUAAUGCUCAUGAAUCUCUGGCACCGACGAGCUGUACACGGCGUUCAAUGAGAUUUGAAUCCAGCGUUCCUACUUGGCUUACAACUUUUCUUAAUUUGUAAACUGUAGCUGGAUUGCAGCUGCGGUUUGCAAGGGUUCUAGAGUGGAAAAUUAUCUGGGAGGCGCUCAACUGUGGCCGUGAAGAAGACUGCGAGCUGUAGCACGUGUGCUGGUCAGGGUUGUGUGAUUUUCCAUUUUGCACGAGUAUCGUGUAGACGUUUGUUUUGUGCCCAUGUUAAACGAUAACGUGGGUGCUUCCAUUCCGUCACGAAUGUGCUUGAAGAAUGACAGACGAUUGUAGAAGUUCUUUUUUGGGUACAGCGGCACCCUGAUCAUGUGAUUCUAAGCUCGUGGAACUCUCCAGAGAUUAAGAAUGGCUUGCGGCAUGCAGUUGAGUCGCUUGAGCAGCUUGAGCAGCAGGUUUAUGUGUCCGGGGGAAUUCCACAUCAACCGGUCCAUCCUUAGUGUGGCGCCCCCGAAAGGAGUUGACUCAAGAGCGUGUAUUCCCAAAUGUAGAGCAUCGGGACAGGCGGGAAGCGGUGCGCCUGCUCAACGGAUUGCGGCAGAAGACAACCUCUUCGUGAAACCCCUGUCCAAUAUUUACACUGUAGUUCCUUGUCGAUUAUGCCAAGGCUCAGGGGAAGUCAAGUGUGAUGUAUGUGAUGGCCUAGGCAGUCUUGCGCGAGGAGGAUUUCACAAGAGGAAUCCAGUGUCAAUAGCGCGCAUUGUGGGAUCGAAAUGGACUGCGAUGGAGACCACAUUUGGGUGGCGUCAUUUCCAUGUCCAUUCUAAGCGCCGAGGGCCUGGGAAGGAUUGGUUUCUGGAAAUGGUCUCAACGUGUGAUGAGACAACCCGGUUUUGGAUGAAUGCCAAGAUUCUUAAGGACAGAGAGCGCUGGAGUGCAGGUUGGCUCCAAAAGGAAGAGCUUUUGAGCAUACAAGGGGAGGGAGAUUCGAAAGCCACAAUCUGCAAGGCGUGCAAAGGAUGUCGAACUAAGCUAUGUCCAAUGUGUGCUAAAACUGAAGAUGGGUUUUCCCAAUCACGGACGCUUGACAUCAUUGACGUGUAAAUACAUGCAAGUGUGAAGCUCCUCCUUGUGCACUAUUGAAAGAAGAAAACACUUCAAUGUGCAACUUGUAUUAUGCAGUGAACCUGUAUUCUAUGUGUUUGUCAUGGCAGCCUCGUAACAUUGGGAGGAUGUUUUCCCAGAUUCGCAAUACAGAACGGAAACUGUUUAUUUAGGAAAAAAAAUCUUAACAUCGUGGAGAGGGAUAGCCAGGAUUGAGAGGUUAUUUGACUUGGAGAUGAUCUUAGUGGGUAAGGUGUGGGAACGGUCCUUGAUCUCAUCACUUGAAGGAUUUCGUGUCACAGAAGAGUGUAGGCUUUCGUGCAUUGGCAGACGAAAAAUGUAGGGAUUAGGUGAUAGAGCAAGCGAUUCAAGUCGUGAAAGUAGUGGAUUGUUUGAUUAAAUGCAUCGAAUAGCAUAUGGCUAUGCAUAGGUAGUCAUUGAUCUAUUGUACACUAAUGUGAUAUUCAAUUAUUAUUUCCAUUUACUGCUUUAGUAAAUGAGACAAUGAUAUGCGCUUCAAUCUAGAUAUUGGCCAAA